GCCCAACAUAACGGCUUCGCUCAUGGAACGGGAGAUGCCUGGUAUCAACCUCCACUUGCCCAUGCGUCGGUCGUCAGCGUCCCACGCAACGACGGCAAGUGAGAGGCACAUGACAGCAGGUGACAAGGCGCACAAUCCGGACGAUGCGUUCCGGCAGUUCGACCUCCACCACGCUGCGUUCUUGACCAAGCGCGGCAAGACCAUUCACCACGUUGUGUUGCGGGUGUUUAUCAUUGCCGACGGGUUUGUCUUUUACUUCAAGAACGCGUCCGCUACGCAACCCAGUGGUCUCUUGCCCAUCGACGGAUCCGAGUUCAAACUACAUAAGUACCAAGUGAGCCCGCACUUGUUUAACAUUUGCUUUGAAGUGCAAACUCCGCUGCGAUCGUGGGGAAGUGUGGUGUUGCAUUACCAUGGCUGCUCGGAUGCGCAAGCGCAGGACAUUGUACACCAGCUCGAAACCGCCGGCUCCAAGCGCAUUUUCGGAGUGUUUUCAGAGCUAUCCGUGUGUCCGGCUGCAGAAGUCGUGCACAAAACGGAAGGCCACGGCGACAACAAGGAACCGUGCCCGUCGAUAGACUCUACAGCCUCCCACGGCACCAGCUUGACGGUGGCGUCGUCGACGGAGUGUUCGAUUGCCGAUGCCGCCACUGCAUGCAUCUACCACGUCGACAAACGAGGACAUAAAGUGCCCUUGCUCGAUUUAACGUGGUCGGAACUGCAUGAAAGCUACGCAGACAUGUGCAAAGCAUUGGACAUUCCGCUCGACGAAGUCGACAGCAAGCGCGUCGACAUGUCCAACGAACUGUGCCACGACCUGUGCUCCAACGGCACCCUCACGCGCCCUUGGGGAGUCCUUUGCCUGGAGCCUGCCAUGUCACCGUCACAUCAACAACAUCACCACAAUCGACGUUUGAGCUCGUCGUCUGCUUCGUCGUCGUACAUGUCCGAGUGUGACACCGUCGGGGCGUCCACCAUCGACAUGUCGGGAGCAGCAGCCCCCGUGGCUCCGCUGGACGCCGCCGCCAUUGCUGCUGGCUCCGAGCCCCACGCAACCUCCCCGGCAGUGUCAUCCCCUACGUCGGCAGAGCAGCCGGCGGACCCCCCUCAUCCCCGGCGACGGCGCAUCAGUCGUCGGUCUUCACUGCACAAAAAGCGUGCGUCGUCCCGGGACCCGUCGAUGGUGAUCAGUUCUGGCAUUGUCGUGCCGGCAAAGGCCAUUCCAGAUGUGAAGCUGAUCCAGGCGAUCUCCAUGGCCGAGAGCUACAGCGGCGGGUUCUCGUUGCGGCAGUACACGCCUCUCAAGAUCGUCGGCAAAGGCGGGUUUGGACAGGUGAUGGUCGCGCGCCACAACUCGACGCACCACAUCGUGGCCAUCAAGACCAUGAGCAAGCACGCGCUCACGACGCAGCACCAGGUGGCGCACACCAAGGCCGAGCGCAACGUGCUCAUCAAGUGCUACAACCACCCGUUCAUCGUCAAACUGCACGCGGCGUUCCAAACGAUCGACCAUCUCCACAUGGUGCUCGAGUUUUGUCCGGGGGGUGAGCUCUUCUUUCACUUGUCCAAGGCGGGCCGGUUCUCCGAAGCGCACACUGCAUUCUAUUGCGCCGAGAUUUAUCUGGCGCUGGACCACUUGCACACCCACGCCAUCAUCUACCGCGACCUCAAGCCGGAAAACGUCCUACUCGACCGCGAAGGCCACGUUCGGCUAGCCGAUUUCGGACUGUCCAAAGAAAACGUGACCGAGCGCAAACUAGCUGCGACCUUUUGCGGCUCUGCCGAGUACAUUUCCCCCGAGGUGCUCAUGUUGGCCGACGCCGCGUUCGACGAGGUGCUGCCGCUAGCAGGCGGAUACGACAAGGGCGUCGACCUGUGGGCGUUGGGGUGCCUCGUGUUUGAGCUACUCACGGGGCUGCCCCCGUUUUAUUCGGGCAAGUGCCGGUCCGAGCUGUACGCCAAGAUUAAGGACGGCUACGUGGCGUUCCCGUCGUACUUGUCCGAGGAGGCCAAGGAUUUGGUCUCGAAGCUGCUGCAGCCGACCCCCCACGACCGGUUGGGGUACAAGGACGCGAACGAGCUUAAGCGCCAUCCGUUCUUCACGGCGCACAUUGCCGACUGGGACCACUUGAAGGACGUGGCACCCCCCAUGCAGCCCUCGCCGGGAGAGUACAUGAACUUUGACGACGCUUUCACGUCCAUGCCCCUCGACAAGGAAGCGCUCGAGGUGAUGGCCGAGUUUAGCAAACGCAACACGAUGGAGCAUCAGUUGUUUGACAAUUACAACUGGGCCCCACCCGACCAAGACGGCGGGGGGGGGGGGGCCGCCAUGGUGCCCAAGGCCAGUUAG